AUCCAUAGCAUGUGACAAUCGGACGUAGAUUUCAAGCGGCAAAAUUCAUCAUCUGAAGUUUGGAUUAUAAGUGUUUGGUGAACAAUCUUCACUUCGAUUGCAGGCUACGGGCUCAAGAACGAACUGCAUCAAGGAUUAUUAUUUGGGAGAGCAGUCUUGGGAGGAUGCCGCAGACGGAGCUGUACAAUAACUACCUCGUACCCGUCCCUCCCCCUAAACCCAGCAUCGAUGGGGAGGAGGUGAUUUACGCACAGCAGAGCCCGUUAGCUAAUGGGUCGCCCUGGCUGCCAGGGGGACAUAAGACCCUCGUGGUAUCCUUACGGAAUCACAGUAACACCAAACCCGUGGUAUUAUGUGCUGGAUUCCUGGUUGUCCUAGCUGUGGUCGCGUUGGUUUUGAUGUUCAACGUCCUAUUUUGGCACCAGAACAGAAGCCAGAACACAGAUGGACAGUUCCAGGAUCAACGAACCCCACUCACCUUUGAGAAUGGUCCUCUUCUUGCAACGUGCGGCACUAGACCGGUAUUCCCAACGCGGAGACGGCGGAUAGUCAACGGGAAGGUCUCCACGGAUGGGCAGUGGCCGUGGCAAGUCGCUAUUGAGUUCAAGGGUCACUACAUUUGCGGAGGAUUGGUGGUGGAUUCAGAGUGGGUCAUGACGGCUGCACAUUGUAUGUACAGCAGGCAACUGCAAUGGAAAAGGCGCAACAUCAGCCAUUACACAAUCCGGGCAGGGAGCACCGAUAGAAACCACACCACAGCGGACAACAGCAACGUACAGCUCAUACAAGUCGAGACAUCCUACGUCCACCCAAAAUACCUGUCCGAGAGACGGAUCUACAACUUUGACAUUGCUCUGUUGAGAUUGUCCCAGCCGUUGGAGUGGAAUGGGUUUGUCAUGCCGGCUUGUCUGCCAGAAGAAGGAAUGGUGUUUGGACCGGGAGAUAAUUGCUUCUUGGCGAGCUGGGGAAGCGUCAAACCAAGAUUUUCCCUCCAGAAAGAGCAGAUGUACAUCGCCAUGCCUCUACUCUCCCAAGACACUUGUUAUGAGUUUGCUUCUACUAUUUCCCCAAGACACAUCCUACAGGUCAAUGAGCAGAAGUUCUGCGCUGGUAUAGUGCCUACAGUCAGCGGACGCCGGGAAGGAGCGUGUACAGGUGACAGUGGAAGUGGACUAGUUUGCCAGAGCAAUGAUGCUACCGGUGGCACCCAGGGGAGAUGGUUUGCUGUAGGGUUGGUCAGCGGAGGCAAGAACUGCGGAGAAGUAAACUACUACACCAAUGUGACCACCAUGAUGAAGUUUAUCACACCACUACUCAAGGGUCAGCUACCACCACAACAUUUUGACUGCGAUGGUGGGAUGACAACAAUUUGGUCCAACCAGGUUUGUGACGGACUGUUUGACUGUUUUGAUCUCAGCGAUGAACACAAUUGUGAAUGUUCCGAGAGGCAGUUUCGAUGUGACAAUGGACUUUGUAAGAUGGACUUUUACUAUCGAUGUGAUGGCAAUGAUGAUUGUGGGGACGGGAGCGAUGAAAGAAACUGCAGUUAUUUUGAUUGCGGUGAUGGCAACAAAAUCUCCCUUCAGAUGGUGUGUGACCGAGAGAUUGACUGUUUAGACAUGAGGGAUGAACUCGGAUGUGAUUGCAGCUCAACACAGUUCCAUUGUGCAAACUCUCUCUGUAUGCCGGGUUUCUGGAGAUGUAAUGGAAUAGACGAUUGCUUAGACGCUAGUGAUGAAAUCAACUGCACUCCGUGUACAACUGAUCAGAUCGAUUGUGGAAACUCACGCUGCGUUCCUAAAAAUCUCUUAUGUGAUACUAUGGAUGACUGUGGAAACUUCAAAGAUGAGGCAAACUGCACCUGUGUUCCAGAUCAUAUCCCAUGUGGAUCAUUGGGACUGUGUCUCCCCACCAGGAUGGCAGGAUUGUGUAGUGCAGAUUUUGGCUCAUUUGACGACGACGACACGAUUUCAUUGAAUUCGUCAACCUGGCUAUCCAAGACACCUUGAGCUCAACUUUCCAGUAGCAGACAAACAGAGAGAUAAGUUGUUGAUCUUAUCACUGCACUUUGAAAGCAUAAACAGAUUGUUGCUUGGUUUCGUGGGGAGGUCUGUUUUUGUUUGUUUGUUUUUUAAGUGCCCUUUUUGCAUAGGCAAUGUUUUGGUCCCAGAUGAACAGGGACCUCUAACCGUUGCUCCCCAACCCUACCCCCUCUUCUCUUCCCACCAAAUAAGAAUACAAAUACACAAAUAAGUGGCACAUUCUAUGUCCACUUUUUUUUUUUACUGAAUAUGUUUCCUGGGCUCUAGUGGGUCUCUAUCAAUCUGUGUAGACCAAUUUUUUUAUUUUGCUCGCCCAAAUUUAAACAUAUUUUGCACUUUAUUAAAUGUGCCACCAGAGAACAAUGAUGACAGUCCUGCUUGGCACCCCACCCACCCCCCAACCUAUGAAGAUUACAAGUUGCUCCGUACAGAAUAGUGUACUUUAUAACAACAAUGAAAUGGCCCAACAAACUGUAGCCAUGAAGAUGUUUUUCUCUGUGUGACUAACUUUAUAAACAAGGGUACAUUAAAGCAGGCACAAGGCUAAGUAUAUUGCACUAAUACUUGGAGACUAACUCAAAAUGUAUAUAAAUUGUUUUAUAACCGCACUUACAUAUCCUUGUCAUACUUUAUUUUAAAAUAACAAAUGACAAUAAGGACCUAUUUGUGAGGUAUAAAACAAAAUAAGUAUUAUAGGAUGCACUUCACUCAUACAUAAUAGCAGAAUAUAAUCACUCCUGGAAAUCUGGACUGUUCCCUUUCACAAGGCUUACGAUUAUAUCCUGCUAUACUCGUAAGCACUGUUGUAGCAGCACAGUGGGUGGGGCCAGGCGAGCCUGCCCAGAACUAACAAAAUCUCACCCAGCCCAGAACUAACAAAAUCUCACCCAGCACUCUGAGCAAAAUACACUGUGCUACCCAGCACAGAUUUCUCCCAGAUGGCACUUCAGCAAAGAUGGCCUCAUAUCUAAACACAGAUAAUUUUGUUGAACUGCUCCCCUUGGUGCACUGAGUUGGAUUAAGAGCCCACCACUAGAGUUGGUCUAGUUACAACACUGCUCGUAAGCAUCCAAUAUUGUACUUAUAUUGUAUGAUGGGUCGACCCCAGUCUGCCCCCGGUACGUUCUAAUAGAUUUGAUGCAUUACCCGGGUCAGCCCCAAGUG